AUGCCGCAAUCCGAGCUGGGCCAUGAGCGCAUCGGCCGCAUGGCACCUGCUGCGCCGCCGCUGCCACCGCCCGCAAGGGCCGCUGAGGAUGACCCCGUCCCGGAGGAGGAGGAGGCUGGGCGCACCUGGGCCUCAGUGGCCGACCUGGUGUCCAGCCGCAACCUGACCAGUGUCCUUGAGGCGGCGCUGGAGGCUGCGGGCCAGCUGGAGCAGCUCAGCGACCCAUCCCUCGUCGCGACUGUACUUGCGCCCACCGACGAGGCAUUUGCUGCGGCGCUCGAGUCUCUCGGCAUGAGCGUCGAGGAGCUUCUGGCGGACACGGAGCUGCUUGCCCAGGUGUUGCCCUAUCACGUGAUUCCCGGGCAGGCUCUCACCGCUGGCGACCUGGAGGACGGCGAGAUCCUGCAGACCCAGCUGGGGGGGCAGGCGGGCGAGCUCAAGGUCAAGGCAGGCAGGACGCGGCCGCGCCUGGAGACCACAUCGGGGCAGACAGCCAGCAUCAAGAACGCAGACCUGGUGGCCGGCAGCGCGCUGGUGCACACCGUGCUGAUCCCCGGCAGUGACGUUUUUGAGAGCAGCGGCGUGGGCGCCCCCUCGCCCGCUCCAGCCGAGGCGCCCGCCGCGCCGCCCUUGCCGCCGCCGCCCAGCCCGCCCGCGCUGUGCACCCACACCCUGGCAGCUGGCGAGUUCCUGUCGAGCCUGGCAGAUACAUACGGCAUCAGCCCUGACGAGCUGCUGGCCCUCAACCCCCAGAUCUCCAACCCGGACUCCCUGGCCCUGGGCGCCGUGCUGAACGUGCCGUGCUUGGAGGCAUGA